CGUCCAAAUCUCGCGCGAUGAGAUUUGUGACGUUACAAUAGCUGUCCGGCAGCAGCCAAAAGAGCUGGACUUUGCUGAGGGUUGCGGGAGUUUUAUGCAGCCGCCCGGUGCAGCGGGAUGCAUUAAUAAAGAAGAGCGGGGCUGUCCCGCGUGAGGCGGGACUGUUGGCUGGUAGUGUGGAUCUGUGAGAGGCUUCAGCAAUGGAUGCAGCCACACCAGGAAAUGGAAUAAUAUCGGAUGUUGUCUUUGUCAUAGAGGGAACGGCUAAUUUGGGACCUUACUUUGAAUCACUGCGGAAACAUUACCUGCUGCCUGCAAUAGAGUAUUUUAACGGUGGACCUCCAGCAGAAACUGACUUUGGAGGAGAUUAUGGCGGCACACAGUACAGCCUGGUCGUUUUUAAUACGGUGGACUGUGCUCCAGAGUCCUAUGUCCAAUGUCACGCCCCCACCAGCAGUGCUUAUGAAUUUGUCCAGUGGCUGGACAGCAUAAAAUUUAUGGGAGGUGGAGGUGAGAGCUGCAGUCUGAUUGCCGAGGGGCUAAGCACUGCCCUGCAACUGUUUGAUGACUUCAAAAAGAUGAGGGAACAGAUUGGGCAGACUCACAAGGUGUGCAUCUUGAUUUGCAACUCCCCUCCGUAUCUGCUGCCUGCUGUAGAGAGCACAACCUACUCUGGAUACACAACGGAGAACCUUGUGCAGAAGAUUGGGGAGAGAGGAAUCCAUUUCUCCAUCAUUUCCCCGCGCAAACUGCCAGCAUUACGGACUCUCUUUGAGAAAGCCAUGCCAGUGGGCUUGAUUGAACCACAGCCUAAAGACUACAGCCAGGACCCUCGGCACAUGAUACUCGUACGUGGAAUGGUUCUACCAGUAGGGGGAGCUACAUCUGUUCCAGGAGUCAUGCCACCUAAACAACAUAUUUCUCAGCCACCGCUCCCAGUUGUUCCACCUCAGAUUGCAAGUGCCCCUUCGCAUCAGCUCCCACCUGUCCAGCCACCCUAUAUGCAGGUUCCUCAGCAGAGUACUUUGACUCCAGCUCAUGCUGCUGCCCAUUCUGCGGUUGAAGCUGCAAAGAAUCAGAAAAAUAGCCCCUCAAAUCGCUUUCUGCUUCCAAACCUUAAUCCGAUGCCAAAUGCACCAGCUGUCGGCACGCCGUUUAACCAACCACCUGCCCCUACACUGCCUCCGAAUGCUUCCGUACCCAAGAUGGUUCCUUCCCCUUCCUCCUUAAUGACUCCUGCUUCUCAAUCCAGUCUUAUCACCACGGUAACCACAGGUCCUGGACCAGCACCUGUACAACUACAGCAGCAGGGAGCUCCACAACAGCCUGUUCCACCCUCUAUGCCCAUAACAGGAGCUGUUGGGGGAGUCCAGGCCCCACAACCCUCUCAGCCUCAGAUUGGAACAGUACAGUUACCAUGCACACAGACCCCUGUUAAUGGCAAUAAAUUGCUGGCCUGGAGUGGGGUGUUAGAGUGGCAGGAGAAGCCUCGGUCAGUAUCUGUGGACAACAACGCCAAACUCACUCGCUCCCUCCCAUGUCAAGUUUACAUCAAUCCUGGAGAAAAUCUAAAAACAGAUCAGUGGCCACAAAAACUUAUCAUGCAGCUCAUCCCACAGCAACUUCUGACUACACUCGGACCACUGUUCAGGAAUUCCCGCAUGGUUCAAUUCCACUUCACCAACAAGGACCUAGAAUCUCUGAAAGGCCUAUACCGUAUCAUGGGCAGUGGCUUUCAGGCUGGUUGCGUACACUUCCCACACACAACCCCAUGUGAAGUGAGAGUUCUCAUGCUUCUCUACUCCUCCAAAAAGAAGAUCUUCAUGGGGCUUAUUCCCAACGACCAGAGUGGCUUCGUCAACGGUAUCCGACAGGUGAUCACAAACCACAAGCAAGUUCAGAUGCAGAAGAUUGACCAACAGCGAAAUAUGGGAGCUGUCCAAGGUGUUGGCGCUGGAUCUGUUCCUGCCAAUUCGCAAGGCUUCCUCCAAAAACAGCCGGGUACUCUACCAGUGGGACAGGCUGUAUCCCAGCAGAUGCAAGGCCAGCAGGUGGCUCCUGGAAUGCCCUCGAUCAGCCAAGUCGCUAUGAUGGAUGAGCAACAGAGAUCACAGAAUUUGUUACACAUUAGAGUGCAGCAGCCACAGCAAUUGGCCUCUCAGGCACCACCACAAGCCACACAAAGCUCUGUUCAAGCACCUGGGCAACCUCAGAACCCCCAGCCAGGAGCCAUGCUCAGACCACAGAAUCCUGGUGCCAACCCACAGCUACGCAACCUCCUCCUGAGCCAACAGCCUCCUCAGAGCAGCGUCCCUCAAACACAGCAGCCUUUGCACCACAUGCAGCAAGCAGCCCAGAGCAUGCUCCCACAUCAGGCCAUGGGCCAACAGAUGCAGCACCAGGCUCCAGGUCAGCUCCAGCUUCCAGGACAAAGUCUUAUGCACCAAACGCCUGCACAGCAAUGGGGUAACCAGAUGCAACAGCGAGCCCCAAUUCCAGGGACAUUGAUGAUGAGCGCUGGACCUCGAGGCCCCGUCCCACAGUCAGGACUACAGCAAGUGCAGGCCCAGAGUGUUAUGGAAGAUGACAUCUUAAUGGACCUUAUUUGAGGAUAAACUAAGGAAAUCCGACUGUACCAACUUCAAUCUUGAACUCAUCAUCUAUGAAUCAUCUCUUCUGGCUUUCUUGAUUAAUUAGAUUUGAUCGUCUCUGCUCCCUGUAGUCUAAGUAGGAAGCCAUAGAACUUGUUGAGACUCGUGGGUAGAGUUGCUAAUAAUUCUGUUGAAAGCUGCUUGGCCUCCUUGAUUUCUGUCUCCCAUAAAGGUUUGUAUAUAAUUCUCUCCUCACUGCUGAUUCGUCGGAGGGAUCAGUCCCUAUUGCAGGACAGACAAGGUUACGACUUCAUUCCACCAAACUGCUCCACUGUUGACUUGCGGGACUUUUUUUUUACAACAAACAGCAGACGUCUUUUGUUAUAUUGGAAAUUGAGCGUUUACAGGUAUAAAAUAAGCUAUACCAUAAAAAUAAAAUGUUUUAGAAAAUC